GUCGCUCGUUUAACCCCCGUCACCGUCUCGUCCGCAUUGUCCGAGUGCAUGGGUCGGAACCCCUGCCUCUCCUUUACGUGGUGAUCCGUUAUAGUUCGACCUUGACCCUGCAAUCCCCCCUGACCGUCGCUGCGCCUCCGUACGCCCGCCCAGUCCCAUCAUGAAUCGAUUCCGCAAGACCAAGAAGGAGAAAGUGAAGGAGGAUGGCGAGGUCCUGGAAAGCAGUGCGGCCAGCAUUAGCUCGAAGAAGCCGUCGAAGAAAAAGAAGGAGGAGCCAGAACAAUUACCGGACCUUGAUCUUUCCAACGCCCUGCCGUCAUCCGAUGACUUUCGCACCAGUCUCCUCAUGCCCAAGUUGUCCGCGCGAUUCAGCAUGCUGAGAGAGCAAGAUGACCCGGAAUCAAUAAUCGGCAAAGCCAGCGAUGACAGCGUUUUGUUCCCCAAGCGCGCCUCACGCCUGAACCUUUUCGGCCACAACCCCAGCCUAUUGUCGGACAUCGACGAGGUCUCCCUGGAUGGCCGACCUUCCAUUGCUCUCGGACGAACACACUCCAUGGCCUCGGAUAACAAUGGUUAUGGCACGGAUGACGACCGCUCUCAACAAGGCAGCAUCAUGAGCCGAGGUCGGCGAACCGAAGGAAACAACCUGUUCGGUGGUCGCCAAAAAGUGUACAAGAUUCCCUCCAAGUCGCCUUCCACACCAGGUCCGGAAUCCGGGGGCAUGGGUGGCCGUGCGCUCUAUGACCACGACCUGAAUCUAUCAGCUUUUCAACGACUGAAACUCAAGGAGCGCGAAGAGGCGGCGAUGGAAGAAACACAAGAAGCACAAGAAGCACAGCAGGAUAGCCCGACCCAGGAGUCUGAAGAUGCUCUGUCCAGGGUUUCGUCCGCAAAACGGACGACCUUCUCCUCGACAGCAUCUGGGCCUGCUUCAUAUACCCGCACAUCGACCGCGGCGACUUCGUUCGACGAACCGUCCUUCUUCGGGCCUCCUUCGCAAUCGUCUGUGGGCGAGGGGCAAACGGCCUCGCCAAAGCCACCAAUGCCCGGCAUGGCUCCUGAGCGUGGCUCGGUUAAGUCUCGCCGGCUUUACGGACAGGGCUUGGCGCAAUCAGCCCAGAACCAGCAGACGUCUACUUUGCAGCGACUCGAGAGCCUAAGCCGUCAACGAGGAACGACCCCGGAAUUCCCUCCUGCCCUCAACCGAACCUUUUCCAGGAGCGCUACGAAUCUACGCGGUAGAAUGCAACCGAUGUCCAUUGUCCAUUCCUCCCCUCCUCCUGUCCGGCCGACCAGCCCUCCGUCACUGUCCACAUCGCCAGAAGAGUCAACCGAGGCCAAUCCCAAGGAACCGCAAACUCAGGCGAAUUCAGCAUACGGGUCCCCUCCCUUGAGCCCUCCAGCGAGCGAGCACGAAGACAAGGCUCCCCUGAUGGCCGCCAUACAGCCCGAAGACCACGGGAAAGCCACAGCAACGGGCAUGUUCAACAAACCCAGCGGCGCGUUCGAUGAAAGCCAGUUCACGCGACGUCAGCUACAGAUGCACCAAGCCUACCCGCCGCCUUCAACACGCCCUCCACCGCCUCCCGGACCGAUCAUCCCCCAGGAGCACACUGGGCGCAUGAGAGGUAUGUCUAACACGAGCUAUCGGUCAAGACCUGGCUCCUCUGCAUCCUCUCAUUACAGCGAGAUUCAACGCCCGGGCAGCCGAUCUGCUGUGCACGCCUCCCCUGCGAGGAACGGUGUUGAAACGUUUUUUGCCAACCCCAGUCCCAGCGACUCUGAGGAUGAAGGCGGUGCUUUGCGCUCGCGAGACAUGGUGUACACUACUGACGAUAUCCAUCCCGCGUUGCGACCUGAAACGCCCUCCAAGCCAUCUACUCCUACCAGUGAACACCGGAGCCCUUUGCCUGAGGUCAGAUACUCGGACCUCGGUGACCUGAAGCCCAUCGCAGAACACGAUAUCGCUGAAACUAGAGCCGAGAAUGGCGACGACCUUCCCGAGAAGCCCGACUCGCCAACACUGGGGCCGUCCGGACUGGGUCUCAGUGGCCUCAUCCGUACUCAUCUCCGACGGGAUAGCGAUCGGUCGUCCAUUCUGCCUCCUUCUCCAGACCUUCCUCCGCAACCGAUCGAAAAGGACGCCCCGGAGGACAACAUUCUACAACACCAUGCGGGGGCCCCGAAUAGUUCGAACUGGCAGAGUGAGCUCAUGUACAGGCAUAGACGCGAAGGGAGCACCGAGACACAGAGAGAGCGCGAGGAGUUUGCCAACGAGCUGGCGGAGAGGCGGCGCAGGGUGCAGGAAAAGCUUCGGGGGUUUGCUGAGGGCGAGAGCAGGUCCGCGAGCCCCGUCUCCGGGCGUCAGACUCCGGAUCUGACCCCCAACAAACCGGGCAAUGCGUUCGCCUUCUUGAAGAACAAGCCCGGGAAGCAGCAUCUGUUUAGCCGGGACCAAAAGAACGCCAGGGGCCUGAACCUUGCCAACGCGUCGACGCCGGCUUUGGUUUCGGAAGACCCGUGGCGUGAAGACGAGGAAAGACCCCCGUUCAACUUCGCGAAGCACGCAAACUCCAGCUCCCCCCACAUCGCCGCGGAAAAAUCCCUCCGAUCCAAGGUUUUCGGGCGAAGCAGCCAGGAGGAUUCCCGCGAGUCCAGCCGGAGCCGCGGCGCGUCUCCCCACUCGAGCUUUAGGUCUCGCAGGGAUCGCUCGACCUCGGAUGCGUCAGGUCGCUCCAAGAGCCGCACCCGACGAGACAGGGAUGGGUUGGAAACGCUGGAGGAAGUCGCCCAUGGGGUUCCCAAGCCGUUCGCGAAUGACUAUGAUCAGCACGGCAUGUCCUCUGUUCCUUCGUCUAACCGCCCAUCCGUAGAAGUCAACGAGCCGGCCGUGUACGAUCGUUCUUCCUCUGCCGCCUCGGGAAGAUACCGCAGUGAGAGCCGAUCCGCAGUGUCAAGCUACCACGACAGACCAUUCUAUCCUCCAGCUGCGAGCACCACCUCUCUGAUCGGUGCCACCCCACGGCCGUCUCCCAUUGCCCCUUAUUCCGCCAAUGCCACACCACCCUUGGAGGAUCCGGCUCGCAGCCAUUCGUCGCCCUCAGUGCCCACCACCACCACCACCAACAAUAGCAAUGCUCCUCCCCAGCGUGCUCCAGGGCACGUCAUGCUCCAGAAGCGCAUGGUCAGCAAGGCAUUGAUCUCCGAGCCCACUUUUGUCUCAUGCACCUCGAAUGUCCCAACCGUCGGCCUCCCUCCUGGCGCAAGCUUGAGCAACGGCAUGGUCACGCCGCCAAUUCCCCCUAUGAACCCCCGCCGUCGCCGUCAAACCACUACCCAGACGAUCCUCGGAGCACUCAAGGGCGAAAGACACGAGUCGCAGUACGCUCCUUCCAUGGACGGGGCCAUGGCGGAAGAGACCAGCAACUUCUCCGACGACGGGGAGAAGCGCCCUCGAUCCCGGGCCCGGCUGCGCAAGACCUCCAGCGAGGGCGGCAACCUGAACGCUAAGGCCCGCCACCAGCUCAUGUCGAUGGUCGACGCCCCCGCCGUGCCUGCGUAUCCACCACCCAAGGUUCCUAUGGAUGGAGGCAUGUUCUGAUCUACCUACCUACCUACCGACCUGCCUACCUUCUCGCAAGACGUUCAUCAUAACUCACUCACUCUCUACCAUUGACCCUCUACCUUCACUACCACCCACUCUUCUCCUUCCCUUCCCUUCCCUUCAUUGAUUACCUUCUCCGACCAUGAUGUAUUAUUCAAUGUCCUAACUAGCAUUGCUGCAUUCUCUUAUGUUCGAUACCUCUCUAUCUCUCUCACUCUCUCUCUCUCUCUCUCAUUUGGAAUACCGGUUUCGCAUACAUCAUGAUAUACCAACUGCGUUAUGUUGAGCGGACAGGCCACCACUGUCUUCCUUUUUUUUUGUCUGUCUGUCUGUGUAUCAGCUUGAGUCAUCCGAUCCUUUUUUUUAUCAUCUAGCGAUUUCUUUUCUUUCUGUCUCGGUAUGUGAUAGGAUCCGAAGAAUUAGAAGACUCAUGUCUUUUUGAUCCCAUUGUUUGAAGAUAGGCAUAGUAAUAAGAAAUAAGAAUAAG